CAGCAAAUUGUGGAUGAACCUAUGGGAGAAGAGGAUAUCAACCCACAAAAUGAAGAAGGAAAUAUCAAAGAAAUUGCAAUAACUCACCAUGUAAAGGAAGGACAUGAAAAAGCAGACCCUUCACAAUUUGAACUUCUGAAAGUACUAGGACAAGGAUCCUUUGGAAAGGUUUUUCUUGUCAAAAAAAUCUCAGGAUCAGAUGCUAGACAGCUUUAUGCAAUGAAGGUAUUGAAAAAGGCCACCUUGAAAGUUCGAGAUCGGGUUCGGACAAAGAUGGAACGUGAUAUCCUAGUAGAAGUUAACCAUCCUUUCAUUGUCAAGUUACAUUAUGCUUUUCAAACAGAAGGGAAGCUGUAUCUUAUUUUGGAUUUUCUCAGGGGAGGAGACUUGUUUACACGUUUAUCCAAAGAGGUUAUGUUCACAGAAGAUGAUGUUAAAUUUUACCUGGCAGAAUUAGCACUUGCUUUAGACCAUCUACAUAGUCUUGGAAUAAUAUACCGGGACCUAAAACCAGAAAACAUCUUGCUUGAUGAGGAAGGACAUAUCAAGUUAACAGAUUUUGGCUUAAGUAAGGAAUCCAUUGAUCAUGAAAAAAAAGCCUACUCUUUCUGUGGAACAGUGGAAUACAUGGCACCAGAAGUGGUUAAUAGACGAGGGCACACACAGAGCGCAGACUGGUGGUCAUUUGGUGUUCUAAUGUUUGAAAUGCUCACUGGUACUCUACCUUUCCAAGGGAAAGACAGAAAAGAAACCAUGACUAUGAUUCUCAAGGCCAAACUUGGAAUGCCCCAGUUCUUGAGUCCUGAAGCACAGAGUCUUCUACGAAUGCUCUUCAAAAGAAAUCCAGCAAACAGAUUAGGAGCAGGUCCAGAUGGAGUUGAAGAAAUUAAGAGGCAUGCAUUCUUUUCUAAAAUAGAUUGGAAUAAAUUGUACAGAAGAGAAAUUCACCCCCCUUUUAAACCUGCAACUGGUAGACCUGAAGAUACAUUUUAUUUUGACCCUGAAUUUACAGCAAAAACUCCAAAAGAUUCACCUGGUAUCCCUCCAAGUGCUAAUGCACAUCAACUUUUUCGGGGAUUUAGUUUCGUAGCUAUUGCAUCAGAUGAUGAAAGCCAAGCAAUGCAGACAGUUGGAGUACAUUCAAUUGUCCAGCAGUUGCACAGGAACAGCAUUCAGUUCACUGAUGGAUAUGAAGUAAAGGAAGAUAUAGGAGUUGGAUCUUACUCUAUCUGCAAAAGAUGUAUUCAUAAAGCUUCAAACAUGGAAUAUGCUGUAAAGAUCAUUGACAAGAGUAAAAGAGAUCCAACAGAGGAGAUAGAAAUCCUACUGCGCUAUGGGCAGCAUCCAAAUAUUAUUACCUUAAAAGAUGUGUAUGAUGAUGGAAAAUACGUAUAUGUAGUAACAGAACUUAUGAAAGGAGGAGAACUGCUGGAUAAAAUUCUUAGACAAAAGUUUUUCUCAGAACGAGAAGCUAGUGCUGUUCUGUUCACAAUAACAAAAACAGUUGAAUAUCUCCAUGCGCAAGGGGUUGUCCAUAGAGACCUGAAGCCUAGCAAUAUUCUGUAUGUUGAUGAAUCUGGUAAUCCAGAGUCAAUUCGAAUUUGUGAUUUUGGUUUUGCAAAACAGCUACGAGCAGAAAAUGGUCUUCUGAUGACUCCAUGUUACACGGCAAAUUUCGUUGCACCAGAGGUUUUAAAGAGGCAAGGUUAUGAUGCUGCAUGUGACAUAUGGAGCCUUGGUGUUCUACUUUAUACCAUGCUUACUGGCUACACUCCUUUUGCAAAUGGCCCUGAUGAUACCCCGGAGGAGAUUUUGGCCCGAAUAGGUAGUGGAAAGUUCUCUCUCAGCGGAGGUUAUUGGAAUACUGUUUCAGAAACAGCUAAGGAUCUUGUUUCAAAAAUGCUUCAUGUUGAUCCACAUCAAAGAUUAACUGCAGCCCAAGUUCUUAGUCACCCCUGGAUAGUUCACUGUGACCAGUUGCCUCAAUACCAGCUGAACAGGCAGGAUGCUCCCCAUUUAGUGAAGGGUGCAAUGGCAGCAACUUACUCUGCUUUGAACCGCAAUCAGUCACCAGUUUUGGAGCCAGUCGGCCGUUCCACUCUUGCUCAGAGGAGAGGUAUAAAAAAAAUUACCUCAACAGCCCUGUGAAGUGACGUCAACCAGAUGUUUGGUACCACAGCAUAAGAUGAUAGCACAAAUCAUGGCGACAGGUAGCACAUAUCUGACAGAUACCUGCAAGCACACUCUGUCCCAGCUGGUACCUAUAAUGCUGCUGCUCCUGCUGCUGCUACUGCUUUCAUCUAUCCUCGCUUUAAACUGUUGAUGGCAAGUUACUGAUCUUACUGGAGCUUCAAAUGGAGUGACAGGUGGAAACACCAUGAAAACGAUCAUGUUCACGACUGAAUAAACCGGAAGAAUUAUGAAUGCCACCUCUGACAAAAAUACACUGAAUGAAGCACUCUGCACCAUAUAGCAUUAUUUUUAUAAGGAAUAUUUUUUGUCCCCUAAAAUAUUCUUUGUUACAGGUAGAGAUGGACAGUUUAUGUUAAGCACUUAGCUUAAACAAUCUGUUUAUAUUAGCACUAUAUACUUUGUGCCAUCCAACAUUUUGUAUGUUUUUGUAAACAGUUCACAAGCAGUACAUUUCCGUGCUGUUUUCUUUAAUGUAUACAUGCCUUGUUUUACUUAGAUAUUAUUAAUCAUUUUGAAAUUAAGUCUGAUUAAACAGUUCACCUGG